AUGGAUGGUUGGCAGAUAUUCGUUUUGUUUUCAAUACUAUGGCUAAUCUUUAAUCCAAUAUAUGCUUCAUCUGGGAGCUCUAAAGUAGCUGUUGCAGCAAAUAAUGAACCCGCCGGAAGAAGAAAGCUUGCCACCGGAAACCCAGUUUCUUAUCUUUAUGUCCAAUUUAAAGGCUCCAUAAGCAUCGAUUGCGGGGUGAAUGAUGAUUAUGUAGAUGACAAUGUAGGAUUGCUUUACAAAUCAGACAGAGAUUUCAUAAGCACCGGGGAAAAUCAUGAUGCAGAACUCGGGUCCACUCAAUUCGAGUCCUUUACAGAACGGCUGUGUAAGAAUUUAAGAAGUUUCCCAACGGGAAGAAAAAAUUGCUACACUCUGCGACCUAAACAGGGAAAAAACCAUAAUUACUUCAUCAAAACUCUCUUUUGUUAUGGAAAUUAUGAUGGCAAGAAUCAGCCUCCAAAGUUUGAUUUGUAUAUAGGGGUUAACUAUUGGAUAACGGUGGAAGGUCUAGCUGGUUUGCUUUGGAGAACAUACGACUUGUUUCAUUUCUCUUCAACUGAUAUUAUUCAUUUGUGUCUUGUGAACACAAACGUUGGCGUACCUUUCAUUUCAGCAUUGGAAUUACACCCUGUGAAUGAUUCCAUUUAUAGAAGUGAGUUUGGAUCAUUAAAUGUUGUUGGAAGAUGUCAACUGAGCUAUCCUACCGGCUUGAAUUUCAGGUACAAGGAUGAUGUCUUUCAGCGCACCUGGGGAACUUGUGGGUUAGCAAAUACGACUUGGGUCAAUGCCACAUCAGACACACAACUCCGGGAAAUUGAUGAUUCAUAUAAACUGCCCAUUGAAGUUUUAAAAACUGCGGCCCAGGCCCAAAAUGACAUUGGCUCAUUGACGUACAACGAGAGCUUUGGCUGUUCCCCAUCGUGCAAUUUUUAUGUCUACUUUCACAUUGCUGAAAUUGUGGAGAUUCCACAAGAUCAACGAAGAGAAUUCACAAUUACUCUGAAUGAUCUCAACUAUGGACCCAUUAGCCUGGAAUACUUGAAGCCACAGACUAUACCUCUUAAAUCACCAAAUGAAGGAGAGAUUAACUUCACUAUCAAUCCAACAAGCAACUCCGACCUUCCACCCAUUCUCAAUGCCUUUGAGAUUCUCAGUGUAGUUAAGCUUCCUCGUUCUCCAACAGACCAAGUAGAUGUUGAUGCAAUCAUGGCCGUCAUGCAAUCAUACAACAUAAAUGGAGAUGAAUUGCAAGGAGACCCCUGUGUGCCGAGAGAUCUUUUAUGGAAUGGUUUGAAUUGUAGUUAUGACAACAAUCUUCCAAGGAUCAUCUCUCUGGACCUCAGUUCAAGGAGAUUGACUGGGGAGAUAGCUUCGCCACUCUCCGCCCUCAAGGCAAUUCAGUACUUGGAUUUAUCAUACAAUGAAUUGACUGGAAUUCUCCCCAAUUUUUUUUCUGAACUGUUGAACUUAACUUUGCUGGAUUUAUCUUACAAUGAAUUGACAGGGCCGGUGCCAGAAUUUUUAGCACAACUGCCAAAUUUAAAAACUCUAAAUUUAAUUGGGAACAAGUUCACUGGAUCCAUUCCACAAUCACUUAUAGCAAAGUCUAAUAAUGGAACAUUGCAGUUAAGCUUCGACAAAAACCCAAAUUUAUGCCAGUCGGAUUCAUGUGAGAAAAAGAAGCAUUUUCUUCUUCCAGUUGUGGCAUCAAUUAUAUCAAUCUUGAUGCUUCUACUCCUAUGCAUGAUAGCUAUCUCUUGGAGAUAUAGAAGACAGAAAGCAAUAGCAGAAACACAAAAAUCAAAGAAUCAGACCUUUAGUUACUCAGAGAUUGUUAGUAUUACUGAUAACUUUAAUACCACCAUUGGAGGAGGGGGCUUUGGAAAAGUUUACUUUGGAACUCUAAAAGAUGGCACUCAGGUUGCAAUUAAGCUGUUAUCCCAAUCAUCAAAGCAAGGCUACAAGGAAUUUCAAGCAGAGGUGCAGCUAUUGAUUAUUGUUCAUCAUAGGAAUUUGGUUUCACUAAUUGGAUAUUGUAAUGAUAGUCAUAACUUGGCAUUAGUAUACGAGUACAUGGUUAAUGGAAACUUGCGAGAGCAUUUAUCAGAUACUAGUGGAAAUAUUCUCACUUGGAAAGAGAGAUUUCAAAUAGCAGUAGAUGCAGCUUAUGGACUGGAGUAUCUACAUAAUGGUUGCAAACCACCGAUUAUCCAUAGGGAUUUGAAGACUUCCAACAUCUUAUUGAAUGAAAAAUUGCAAGCAAAGAUCGCUGAUUUUGGAUUAUCUAGAGCUUUCACCAGAGAAAGUGGUUCACAUGUAUCAACUUGUCCUGCUGGCACAUUUGGUUACCUCGAUCCUGAGGCUCAAGCAUCAGGAAACUUUAGUAAAAAAAGUGAUGUUUAUAGCUUUGGGAUUAUUCUACUUGAGCUAAUAACUGGUCAACCUGCAAUAGUAAGAAACAUCGAUGGAAACUUCAUUGGCAUACAUCAGUGGAUUAGACCUAUAAUUGAGAGGGGUGAUAUUCAGUCCAUUGUUGAUCCUAGAUUGCGAGGAGAAUUCGAUGCCAAUUCUGCUUGGAAAGUUGUGGAGAUUGCCUUUGCUUGUGUAUCAAACACUGCAAUACAGAGGCCGGACAUGAGUCAUGUACUGGCUGAAUUACAGGAGUGCUUAGCUAUAGUAAUGGCCGUUGAAGAAUCCCAAACAAUGGAAGCUAGGGCGGUAAGAUUAAACAAUUCGCUUCGAAUGAGUUAUCUGGAUAUUGAUACUGAUAUGGCUCCUAGUCCAAGGUAAUCACCGAAGUAUAGAUCUCUUAUGUAAGGGCUUGAAAUUUCUCUAUACCUUUCACUUCUAGAUUAACGUAUUAAGCUGCAUCUAUAAUUUGUUUGUGAAGUUUCUUGGAGAUGUAUAAUUAUCAUUUCAAAAUACUAUAGAGUGACUUUGUUUUUCAGAGUACUAGUAAGCGGUAGAGCCAUAACUGCAUUUGCUGUACCACUAGCUAGCUAGGCUGCAAAGUGGAAAGCACCCAUUUGUCAAAGAAAUGUGUUAGUUCUAUUAA